CACACACAAACAAAUACAUGUAAAAUGUUGUUGAGUACACAAACCCGAAUCCUGUUUGAAUGGAAAUUUGGUUUCGAGACAAAAUGAGCGCGAAAACAAGCAUUGUAUUCAACGGCAAAUAAACAAAACUAUCCGUAUUUCGGAUAAAUCUGAACAAGUGGUCGGUGUCAUGUUUCUGUUGCGACGCAAAACGAUUAUUCGUUUAUUUGGUUUGGUUUGUGUUUGUGCACUCUCUUAACAUCAACACCGACAAAUUACAAAUCGAAUAACGGCGAUGUUGGCUUCGUCGAUAUUCAUUGGCAACAACUAUUACACCAUAGUGUGCAACAGGAAGACUGCGUGAAGGCAUUCGGCGAUUGACAUUCAUUGUGUGUGCGUCAUUAAAAUAUUUUUGGCAAAAUGUCAGUCAAUCAAAAUGAAAUGGUACGAAAAUCAAUACAAAUCAACCAAAUCGACAGUCCGCACAAAUUUUGGUUUAAAUAUAUCGAUGAUAACUCAAAUUGUUUGUUGGAAGCAUUUGAUCGUGAAAUCAAUUGUUAUGUCGUUGAUUUAGUUCAGAAUAAUGGUGGAACUUUGCCGGUAUUCGAUAUUCAACCGUGUGAUGUAAUUCUUGCAUUUUACAUUAAAUGGAAGAAAUGGAUUCGUGGAAAAGCUGGCCAGUUGAAAAAAGCCAACAAAGACGGUGAAGUGGAUUCAAUUUAUGUGUGGGCCAUUGAUUAUGGAUGUAAACUACUAAUACCGCUAAGCAAUGUGGUUCUACUUGAAGACCAACGAUUGGCCUAUCGUCAUCCGAUAAAUGUUCAAAUCGGUGGAUUGGCUGGAAUUGUACCAGCGAAACACGUAUUUGUUCCUGAAUUUUUGGAUUUCGAACUUAAAAAAUGUGAGACAUGGUCAAAAAAUGCGAACGAAAAAUUCAACGAAUGGAUUAUGGACGAGGAAGAGCUGUUUUUUGAAAUUGAAUCAAAUCAAUGUGGUCGACAUUUUGGCCAAUUGAAAUUGCGAUGUCCUGAUGAGAACAACGAACCAUUCUCUGUGGCACAAGGUUUAUGUGAAAUAAAAGUAGCUUUACUUGCUCAGGAGAACUACAUCAAUGAUGUUGGCAUUUUGAAUCGUGAAGAUUUUCUACGACUAAAUCACGAAUUGACGAUGCCGCGUGAGCAUGAAGAAAUCGUAAUUGACGAUGAAAUGAUCGAACGUAUUUAUUGGAAUGAUGAUGAAUCCAUAACUUUCGAUGGACAAAUUGAUAACACACCAGCUCGAAAUGAGUCGGUUCGAAAUACGUCCAUUCACAAUAUGUCCGUUCAAAAUGAAUCAGUACAACCGAGUCGUUCAGGAACAUAUGGUAACAGUACUUUGAAUGGAAUCUCCUUGAGCACACUUUCGGUAACAUUGUCUGUGAAGUCCUUGAACCGAUGCAAUGUGCUGGUAAUAACAGACGACAUUGUUACGGCAGCAAGAGACUGGGCAGAUGUUUUUUAUUUUAACAAUCAAAUGCGUACUUGUCUGAAGCAUUUGUAUCGAGGUGCAAUUGAUCCGCUUUGUGCAUACGGCUGGCCACAUAUCAUGCGUGGCAAUUCACUCAUACUGAUUGAUGAACAUUUCCGUAAUAAAAUGUUAUGCUUGCCGACCCUGUGCACAAUUGUUCAACGAGAAAGUUUUAAUUUCAAAUUUUCAUCCGAACAGCGAACGGUCAACGACUGGACUACAAGCAAUAGAAUAGAACCAAUUGGCAUCAUUUUUGUAAAUGGUGCUGAAGAAGUCGAGCGAAUGGCAGCAACAUGCCGAAAACUAGUUGAAAAGGCCAACUUUAAAUUGCUGACUGUUUUUUGUUUGAACAGCACUUUGGAAAUCGAAACAUUGAUGGCAAUGGAUCAUAUUGAUAUCCUUGUGACAUCAGUAUUUUGCUUUGAAACACUUGUCAAUCACAUGUCAAAACUCUUCAGAUCGAAUCGAUUGCGAUACGUGUGGUUCCAUCAGAUUGACAACAUGUGCCACACAAAUGAUGUCGAAACACACCGUGCACUGGAGAUCAUAUUGGCACAAAAUCUUGAUAUUCAGGUGCAAAUUACCUCACAAACAUAUUGUCCCAUUUUGAAUGAACUGUUUGACCGCAUAAAACUUCCGAUGGUCUUGUCCGGCGAUCGGACACCAUUUGAAGCUGCAUUAUUUGCUGAAUGCUUUUUUGUGGUUGAAUUUUUACCAGCUGAAGUGAAAAUUUCGGAUUUAAUCGAUAAACUGCAAGAUCCACAUAGUAAAAUGUAUGGAUCGAUUGUCAUUGUAUGCACGAACAUACAAGAUGUUAAGUAUGUGUCAGGAUGUCUCACGCAAUCCAAUAUCAAAUGUACUGAUUUCGAUUCGUUUUUCUCGCUAAAUCAGUUGAAGUUAGUUAAUUGGACAGAACAGUCGCGUACACUCGAUAUGUAUUUAUCGCGACCAAAUAUUUUGGUGUGUGAGGACGCCGACCUCAAUUCCUAUCCAAUUCGCACAGCCAGUCACAUCGUUCACUAUUCAUUACCGGACAAAGUGGAAACGUUUCUGCAUCGAUUCAUCACAUGUUUUGGUUACUACACGGAAAAAUUAGACCGUGAGCUACUGAAUAAAGUUGAUCGAAACGAUCUUGCUCAGCCUAUUGCAUUGAUUUAUUUUGAUGACAAUUUGUGCAAAGCAUUCAUUGAAAUUUAUGAACUCAUUGCACAACGAACACAUUGCCAUGUACCACCAUUUUUGACGCAGAUUAUCGAGAAACUCAUGAUGACUCUGGAGAAAUCCAAAGAAAAUAAACCGCUAUGCAUUGACCUAAUAACGAAGUCAAAAAUAUGUGAUGUCAAAUGUCCAUAUCGUCACACACUAAUCGCCAAUUGCGAUGACACGGAAGUACCGCAUUCACAUGGUUUUGUCAAUAUGGAAUUGAUUCAUGUCUUGGCGCCGAAUCAUUUUUCGGUGCGUUUGCUAUCAUACAAGCGAAAUUUGAAGCAUAAAUCAAAACCCAUUAACGAUUUGGAUUCCGAACUAAAGCGAUUUGAAUGUGCAUUCCGUGAUUUUUAUACGUGCGAUGAAAGCCGUGAGCCAGCGCAUCCAAUUCGAAUUGGUGAAAUGUACGUGUACUUCUAUCACAAUCGACCGAAACGAUGUCGUGUACUUUCCAAAUCAACGAGACAUGGUGUGCGCAUUUAUUUAAUCGACGAUGGACAUACGCGAAAAUGCUCUGAACAGGAUUUGUACUUAAUGGAUCGAGAUUUUAAAGAUUUUCCAUCACGUGCUGUUGAAAUUUUCGUGCUCGGCUAUGUGCCAAAUGACUUCAAUUCCAAAUGGCUACCGGAGGCCAAUACACUUGUAGAGCACAUUAUGAAAACGCUCAAACCAAAGGAUGGAAUCGACGGUUAUCUCCAGGCUGAGAUAAUAUCCACAUUCGAUCGUCGAUUGAUCGUUAAGGAUUUGAAAAUCCUACACAAAAUUAAUGAUAAACAUCAAGGAAAAUUGGUUGCAGAAAAUUUAAUAAAGUAUCGAUUCGCGGUAAAGGAACCAAUUAAUUUACAUCCAAUUUUCUUGGAUACAGCUCCUAGCAGUAAUACUGAAUCGGAAUCAACAAACGAUGUUUUUGUGACCGAACAAACUAAUUUGACCACACGAUCGACAGCUCCAAACAACAAUAUUGAAUCGAGCUCAUCGUGCACAACUUGUGUACCCAAUACGUUAAACAAAAGUGGUGUUGAACUUAAAUCAAUCACAUCACCAAGCUGUUCCACUGAUGACAUUGCCAUUCUAGAUUUAAAAAAGCCAGAACACAAUUCAAAAGCUGUCCACGAAUUGUCGUUGUCUCAAUCAGAAGGCUGCCUCAUAACACAUGAACAAGAACAUUCAUCGUUACCAGUCAUCUCAGCCGUAAGUUUGGAUGAAAUUUUAGGCAGUUUACCCGAACACAUUCAAGCUUUCCAAGUACUUACUCCAAUUAAAUGCACAAAAUCAACGGAUCAGACCGAUACGGCGCCGAAGAAGGAGCCGAAGAUAAAUGAUGAAGAAGAAUGUCUCAUCGAUUUUAGCGAAAACGACAGCGAUGACGAAAAUAACAAUUCUCCACCGUCGCCAUUCGCCUAUGUUCGGCUCAUUGAGUCACUUGAUGAACUUUGACUGAGAAGUAAAAAAAAUAUUGUGGAGGCGUCUCCACACAUUUAUUGGUGUUCGAUUCACCAAAAUUGUUUACUGAUUUUUUUUACAUGAAGUUAUUUAGAAAAAAUAUCAUUAUUA